AUGUUCGUCAAACGGUCUCAUAGCAAUGCUGAGAGCUUCUCGAAGUAUCGGGCUGGCAAGUCGUCGUCUCGGUCGAAGAGAUCGUUCAGAGAUCCCUCCGUGAGCACCUCGAGACGGGCAGAGUCAGAUCGUCGUCCAGAUUCCUCUCCGGCUGCAGAUAACCUCACGUCUGCCAUCAUUACCAUCUGCGUCGGGCCGGAUCAGCGUCUCUUCGCUGCCCAUGAAGAUGUGCUGUGUGUCUCGCCCUACUUCGCUGCCUGCUGCCGUGGCCAGUUCCUCGAAUCACAUACCAAACGUAUAACUCUGCCGGGCGAACAGCCAGAGAUACUCUCUUCCGUCCUCGAGUAUCUUUACAAGGGCGACUAUUACCCUCGUUUGAUGCACAAUAAGCGUCGGGAUACAUGGCUGCUCGAGGACACAGAUACCACAGGCUCGAGGCCGUCAGCCGAGUCGACCAUCGUGAACCAGGCUGAUGGUACCCUCAUCCUAAAAGAUACAGCCAUAUACUGUGCGGCCGAACGAUACGGACUGGACGAGCUGAAGCGUCUGGCACUUCGAAAGCAGGGUCUCCAGACAGCUAUUCAGUGCAGCACCAUCCUCUCCAGCGCUCGAUACGCCUAUGCAAAUACCCCAGACAACGACUCGAAGCUGCGAGCCCAUUACCUUGCCUUGAUCAUUCGAUCCAGGUCGACCUUCAAGCGUAGUGGGACCAUGCAACUGGAGAUGGAGGGAGGAGGGAAACUGUUCUUCGACCUCUUCGUCGCCAUGUGCAAUCAUAUGGACGACCUAUCUAGUGCCUCAAAGUCUCCCUUCUCCCGUUAG